AUGAGUGGCGUAGACAUCCAUGAUCAGCUCCGCAUGCAGCGCUACAGCAUCCAGCAUGCCUACAAGCCGAAGAAGUACUCUCGCUCCAUAUUCUUUGGGCUAGUUGACAUGGCAAUUGUCAACGCGUUCAUUGUCCACCGCCACCACAUGAAGAACACCGGUCAAAAAGCUCCUGAGCAUUGCAAGUUUAUGGAAACCCUACACGAGCAGCUACGUGCCAUCGAC